AUGGUUCCGAAGCACAUUUUCGGUUUUGGCAGUUCUUUUGCUGUUACAGCACCAAGUAGCCAGAUAGCUGGGCGAUCGACGAAUGCCGGUUUGUGCGCAUCUCAUCCGUACGUUGGCACUGUGGAACGGCUGGCUAGCAGGAGCUCGCCGCGCCGCUCGCCUCACCGUCGUGCAGGAGCAGGAGCAGCAGCAGCAUCAUCGGUCAUGCAUAUUGGCGAUCUGAAGCGGGCGGUCGAAGAUGUGGUGCUGCGGCCGGAGGACAAUCGCCUCAGCGAGAUGGGCAAGCGGUCCACCAUCGCGGCACUCGACCUCUGCCAGAUGGGACCGGCGCAUGGCACUACACGAAACGCUGGCUUACGGCAAAUCUCACAACAACGAAUCGCUGGAGGAGCGGCGGCGGCGGCAGCGCGCACUUCAUCAUCGUGCAGCGGCGAAAUGCUUGCCAGUUCAACGGAGAGCACGUGCAGCACAGUUCUCAUCCAUCACGGAGCUGCAAGUACAGCUGGAGUCAGUGCAACUACAGCAGGUGGUGCUUCAGCACUUUCUUUGCCCCCAACAGCCAGACAUACGCCCUUCCGAUUCGGCGACUUUGACGAGCGCUCAUCCACAAGGUCGGCAAGUGGUGGUGGUGGUGGUGAUCCCUCUCCUUUACCUUAUACAUCGAACAUUAUCGAAACGACAACGGAAGUUCGAAUGCAGCAACCACCCAGUGAGGAGUGGGCCGGCUCAGGUGGAGCCAGAGAAUGCGGUCCUUCGCAGCUGUCUUCUGGAGUUGAAGGUGUUAUCAGCCUCAGUAAUAUUGAUUUUGCUAGUAAUUACUUUAGUCCC